AUGAUAUAUGAAAUAAAAGCCUUUUGUUUCCCUUUCUUUUCUGCAGUUGGGGGUUGGCUAGCAACGCUUUCUGUUGCUGGUUACACAGCAUUAGCUAUAAGAAAGAUUGUAAAGACAGAAAUGAUAGCUGCCGAACCUAUGCCAAAACCUUCCCCAUUCUCAAAAUUUGAAGUGUGGACUUGGACUGGAAUUUUCCUUGCAUCAUUUAUUUCGGCAUUGCUAUAUCCAACAGCACUUGGGACAAAUGCAAGAACAUGCCUGCCUUUCCUACUUGCAGUUACUGUGUUAGGUUACAUGGUUGGUUCUGGGUUUCCCUCUGAUAUCAAGAUGGUGUUCCACCCAAUAAUUUGUUGUGCACUAUCAGCAGAUUUGGCGGCACUAGCUUUUGGGUAUUUAUCAAAGUCUGGAGUGGAUGCUGUUCUAGGAUAUUAUCUCACGAAAGUUUCAUUUAACCCUGGAGCUGGUGACAUUCUGAUGGCAUUUUUGGGAUCUGUUAUUAUUUCUUUUGCCUUUUCAAUGUUCAAACAGAGAAAGCUUGUAAAGAGGCAUGCGACGGAGAUUUUCGUAUCUGUGAUCAUCUCCUCAUUAUUCUCAUUGUAUUCAACUGCACUCAUAGGGCGUCUUGUUGGCCUGAAACCUGCUUUGACUGUAUCGAUUUUGCCUAAGUGUAUAACACUUGCAUUAGCCCUCAGCAUUGCCUCCCUUUUUGAAGAUGCCAAUGCAUCUAUCACAGGUGCUGCAGUUGUUUUAACUGGUCUUGUGGGUGCAAAUUUUGUACUAAUGAUGCUUGACAAACUUCGUUUGAAUGAUCCUAUAGCUCGAGGAAUUGCUACGGCAUCUAGCUCUCAUGGAUUUGGAACGGCAGCAUUAUCAGCAAAGGAGCCUGAAGCCCUCCCUUUUUGUGCAAUCGCUUAUGCUCUAACUGGUAUAUCUGGCACAUUAAUUUGUUCAGUUCCAGCAUUUAGGCACAGCCUGCUUCUGAUAGUUGGAUAAAAUUAUUUGCAAGUUUCACACAAUUAUAUUUUGGGCAUCAAUAUGAGUAUCCUUACCCUCAAAUAGUGUUCAGAUUUUUGGAAAGGCUUCUAUUAUCUAUUGUACAGCCCACCACUAGCUUCCUGUACA